UCUGUUUACUCUAAGCUUUGCAGAUAUUUGUUAUUACAAUGAUGAUGCUAGAUGUAUAUGGAUAUUAAUUUAUUUCAGGUGGAUUCAAACAUAAAAAAUAAAUAUGAUGAAGGUAUUUAUCACCUUCACUGUACUGCUCUCAGCUCUCUCCAUUGCUUUGGGCACCUUGAGUCCAGAUGACUCUAAAGGAAAGAAGAAAGCAAAGGCUCUGUCCGGUCCAGUCAGCACCUCAGUCGAGGAGCGGGGCCUGGUGAAGACAGCCAUAACGGCCAAGGAGAUCGUGCAGCACCACGCCGCCUACUCCCGAGCCACGGCCGAGGCUAACUUUGAGGGGCCCGUGCUGGGCUACGUGACGCCGUGGAACAAUCACGGUUACGACGUGGCCAAGACGUUCGGCAAGUUUUCGCUGGUGUCGCCCGUCUGGCUGCAGGUGCGGCCCGCCGACCAAGGCUACACGAUCACCGGCACCCAUGACGUUGACGCCGGCUGGGUCAAGGACGUCAGGACGGCCGGGGCGCGCCAGAAGGUCAAAGUGGUGCCCCGCCUCCUCUUCGAGGACUUCACUGGCCCAGACUACCUGCAGCUGUUCCAGAGCCGGCAGAGUCGCCAGCGGCUGGCGGAGACGGUGGUCCAGACCCUGCAGGACCUGAAGCUGGACGGGGUGGUGGUCGAGAUCUGGAGCCAGCUGGGCGGCCAGCGGCGGACGGAGCUGGCGACCGUAGUUCGUCAGCUGGCCGCUGUGCUGCGCCACCGUCACCUCACCGUCGGCCUGGUCAUCCCGCCGGCCUCCUAUCACGGCGGAGCGCCAGGCUUCUUCUCGCGUGACGACUUCGACGCGCUCAAGAACGACGUCGACUUCUUCUCGCUGAUGACGUACGACUACUCUUCACCUCAGCGUCCAGGCCCCAACAGUCCGAUCAGCUGGGUGGAGCAGUGCGUGAAGGCGCUGGCGCCGACCUCCGCCGACCGCGACAAGAUCCUGCUCGGACUCAACUUCUACGGCAACGACUACACCAGCCAGGGCGGCGGCCCGAUCGUGGGCGGCCAGUUCGUGUCCCUGCUGGCCGGCAGCCGCCAGGCCAAGGCCACCUGGGACGACGCGUCGGCCGAGCACCUGUUCCAGCUGAAGGACGCCGCCGGCCAGCACUCGGUGUUCUUCCCCACGCUGGCGUCGGUGGCGCGGCGCCUGCGGCUGGCCACCGAGCUCGGCGUCGGUGUCGCCAUCUGGGAGCUGGGACAGGGACUCGACUACUUCUACGACCUGUUGUAGCGCCGUCCGGCCCGGGCGCGACCGGGGGUGGGGGCUGUGAGAGGAGGGCGGAGCGUCGCCGCCGGGCGGCGGGGCGCCGCUCCCCGCCCUCCCCACCCCGCACCCUGACCGGCCGAGGACGUCUCGGCUGCUUUUGUGAGACGCACGGGUGCCGGGGAGCCCGCUCCCGGCUGGAGCUGGGAGAUGUUCUGGACAUAGGAGCGUUCCCACGCCGGGAGAAUGUGGGAAGAGUGCCUUACGGCCGGCGGCCGGUACACGCGCACGCCGUGCCGUUGGUAUUUAAGUCAGAAAAGGGCGGAGAUGUGAGUGCAGCUAAGCUGUCGCUGGGUCACGCUGCCAGCCACGCCGAAGGGCUUUUUGGGUGGGGUCAGUAUGGAGCGGGGCUGGCAGUUCUCAGUUCGUGAUCGGGUUAUUCUCCACUGUGUGAUGUUUGCCUGUCAAAUGUGUGGUAGUUUAAGCGGGCGGGGGUUCAGCACUGUCUGGCUGUCGUAAGCUUUCUCAGCUGUCGGCGUACGAACCCGGCCAUUCCCCGUCCGGAGCGGUCUGUCAGCGCGCCGCGUGGGUGCUCCCACGCCACAGUGUGCGCUGAUUGGUCUCACAGUCCGGGUGCUCCCACGCCACAGUGUGCGCUGAUUCGUCUCACAGUCCGGGUGCUCCCACGCCACAGUGUGCGCUGAUUGGUCUCACAGUGGCUCGCAGAGGCCCCCUGCGUUCGCUGUUCACGGCUCUCCAGACGUGCGCGAGCUCCUCGCACCGCAAGGGCUGCGCAGCGGGUAACGUGGCUCAAAGAGUAGAAGCAUUCCAGCACGCAGCGCGUGGCGCGUGUCCUGAGCGUGGUGUCCCGGACGCCGACAGAGACGCUGCGGACGGCGGCGGCUCCAGCCCCGAGAUCGUCGCGUUUUGUACCCGUUGAAGCGAAGCGCAGGCGAUCUGAUCUUUCCCCGCCCUCCCGGCUGUGAGCAGGGACCUUUCUCCGCGCUGCAGCAUCACGCACGAGCGCGGCGUUGUCUCCGCGUCGUCGGAGAGGCGAAGCUUUUGGUGAUUGGUAGUGCUGCCACCAGCCAUCUGAGAUGGGUUAGUUUGAA